UCAUGAUGUGGCAUCACUGUUGGUAAAUGCAAAAAUUGUGCAGCAAAGAAGGUAGUAAAAAGAAAUUACAGAAAUGGUAUAGCGAACUCUCUUCACCCAAUGAAUUUGUGCCAUAAUGUAGAUGAUGCGUACACGUUCUCACAGUAUAUUAUCAGCGGCAACGACACAACAGACGUUCCCGUUUUCGUUGUCAGUCGGAAAAAGAAAAAUUCUGAAAACAAAAUGGAGGUCUUUGAUGUGGUGCGUUCAUGUUUAUUAAUGUGCUAAGUAAAAUUGCGAAAAAAACGUUUAAUGUGUUUGUUACUUAAAACUUUCUUAUGGAGUAUCGCCUAUAACAAACCGUUUUAAUGUACAUGUCAACUGGAUAAACGCUUAACCUAAACUCAACCGACAGUGUUGGAUUAAAUAUUAUUUUUAAAAUUUUUGUGCGUCAAAAAAAAAAACAAAAAACAAACAUUCUGCAAACACAUAUAAUCUUAUUAUCCAUAUCAGUUUAAGCGUCAGAACAGCGUAAAGAAGGAAUUUCUAUUACACUGCGCUGUAAAACUGAUGGAUGGAAAUGCACAAAAUAUGUUUCACGGAAAUCAUCAAGGAGACUCCUACUAUCGCUAUGAUGCCGCUGCUGCCGCUGCAGCUGCUGCAGCAGCGUCGCCUAGGGCAAUGGGUCCUCCGGGUGGCUACCCGCCCCGACAUAGAGCACCACAUCCGCUACAACAACAACCACAAUACCCAUCGUACCAGUCAACGGCGGAGAACAUAUAUGGGCUUGGCACCCCUGAUCAACACGGUGGAAUGGGUAUGGGUGACUUAAGUGGUUGGGGUGCUGCUUCAACAGUAUCAGCACAAGCGGGUGCUUAUGCAGGUUCAGGUCUUGGAGCAUAUGGUCAUCCACAAGCUGCUCCACCAUCACAACAGCGACAAUCUGCGGCGCAGACAAGCUAUCGUCAACAUAUGCCCACUUAUGGCCAACAAGAUCAACAAAAACUUCCAUACACAUCGCAGCAAGGUAUGAUGAGUGGUUUAUUACAACAGCCUGGACCAAAUGUUGGAGCUGGUGGUUAUGGCGCUUUAUCUCAACAACAACAGCAGCAGCAGCAAGCACCUACACCACAACAGCAACAAAGUCAACAGGGACGUUUGCCACAACAUUAUCAACAAGCUAGCAGUCAGCAUCCUUUGUAUCCAGGUGCUGCAUCACAAUCCGGGCAACCCGGAGGUCCUGGUGCUGUACCUAGUGGCCCACAAGCUUAUGCUCAUAGUCCUUAUGGAAGUCCGAUGCAGCAUCAACCUGGACGUGGAGCACAGCAUGUUAGUUAUGGUCAUGCUGGCUUAGAUCAAUCAAAUGCUUACGGACAACAUGUACCAAGUUCAGGUGCACCUGGAAGCGUUUCUUCGCAUCAUCUAACAGCGCAGCAGCAGCAGGCUGCACAGUUAGGUGGACAUCCUGCAACGCAUAUGGGUGCAAAUCCUCAGCAACAACAAGCAUCUGCUGGACUGCAACAUGGGGGACAACAUGUAGCACAUCCAGUUUCAAGUCAAUCGUCACUGCCUCCAGGUUUGAGUCCGCAACAACAGCAACAAAAUGCUCAUCUUUUACAAAACCAACAGCAGCAACAAAAUCAUGUGAGUCUUAUGCAAUCGACGAGUCAUCAACAACUGCCAGGCACUGGUUUGCCACCACACUCAAUGGGUGUACCACCGAGUUACGGUAGUCAUCAUCAACAGCAGCAACAACAACAGGCUCAACAACAACCCGGUGUUGUUCAAUCUGCACCGCCGUAUAUGUCAUCAAAUAAACAUCAAACCGGUCCGCAAUUGACUUCAUCGCCUCAAUAUCGUGCACCAUUUCCUCAAUUAUCUCCACAAAUGUCUCCUCGUCCCCCAACUAUGUCUCCUCACCCACAAAUGUCUCCACGACCUGGUAUGUCUCCAGCGAAACCCACACAACAAGCUCAGGCGCAAUCACAGCAGCAGGUGAAUUCGCCUAAUCAGCAAGCCCCGCAUCACAGCAUAACAGGUAUUGUAGGACUUACAUCUCCACGACCUCAACCACCGAAUGCUGGUCCACCAAAUUCGAAAGUUGCAGGUGGAGCAGGUGUUCCACCCGUAAACACUUUACAGGCUUUAGAACAGAUGGUAAUGCCUUCACAAGGCGUUAUGUCUGGACCUAGUGUCGUACCAAUGGAUUACCCGUCACCAUAUCGGCAGGGUUCACAUGGACCAAUGGGGCCACGUAUGCCAGUUUCACCACAGCAUCACCAACAAUGGGGGCCUCAUAUUAAUAUGCAGCAAGCUCAGCAAAACAGUAACGCGAUGGGAGUUGGUGGUAUGACUGGGCCAUCGCAAAUGCAACAACAUCAACAACAAAUUAAUUUAUAUGCGCAGUCACAGAGCAUGGCUCAUCAACAGCAAUCUUCACAGCCACCAACUGUGCAUCCUUCGCCUAUUCAACCACCACAGCAACAAGCACCCCAAUCGCAUCAACAACCACCACAACAGCAACAUCAACUAAGUGAACAAUUGCAGCAUUCCAUUAAUGAUAUUGUAAGCGGUGGUCAGCAACAACAGCAACAAUCGGCGACAGUGCAGCAUAAGCAGCAGCAGCAGCAACAAACUCAAUUAGCUUCUAUGUCUCCUAUACAUCAGCAACAAACUCAUCAACAAUCACAACAACCUACUAUGCCGGCUAUGCAUCAUAUGAGUCAUCAUCAAAUGACUGCUAGUGAUAAUGCAACGUCUGCUACAUUAAUGUCAAGAAAUACCCCAAGUCAUGACUCACCAAUUCCUACAUCGCAACCAACUCAACCGCAACCACAGCAUCUUACUCAAAGUCAACAACAGCAAUCGCCACUUCAAUCACAACAGCUUCAACAGCAAUCUCCAAGACAUCAGCAACCGUCGCCACACCACACACACCAACAACAACAACAACAGCAACAACAAUCUUACAACCAGCAACAGCAACAACAACAUCAAAUGCUUGUAGAUCCGUUUUCUUCAAUGUUGCCAACGCAAGAUUCAUCUUCAAUGCAACAACAGCAGCCACAACAGACUUCUACACAAGUAACAAUGUCGCCAGCUCAUGUUUCCUCACCAUUGACACUAUCUACGUCUCAACAGCAACAACCACAAACUCCUUCAACUCCAUCACAUCAUCUAAGUAGUAUUUUGAAUGAAACAGCUAAUUCUAAUGAUUCCUCAACACUAGCAGUUGCAGCCAAUGACAGCAAUAACAGUAAUAACAGUAGUAGUAAUAGUUCAACAAAUAGUAUUGUAAAUAAUCAACCAACAUCCGUUCAUGAUAGUAACUCGCAGAGCUCGAUAAAUAGUAAUCACCAGCAGCAGCUGUCAGGUAUGGACAGCCUUGGCCAUGCAGUACUUAAUAGUAACUCGAAUUCCGCUACAAACACUGGUGGAAUACUCGACAGCGCUGGCGCUAGUCUUUUUGAUAAUAAUUCAAUGUCAUCUACAAGUGCAGCAGUAGCUGCAGCAUCCACAGCCGCAUCUGCAGCAGCAGCAUUGUUAGACAGUAAUUCACAGUCAUCGUUCAUUGGCGUUAAUAGUGGCAACGAUUUUGAAUGUACUUCUAAAGUAGUGAUGCCAGAAAAUAUAGGGGAAGAGUCACAAACUCAUCAAAUUCUACUUAGUGCUGCUGACCAAGAAGAUACAAAUGGUUUCAAGUCUAAUGAAGGAAGUGGUCUCAUUGGAGAUACAAAAUCAGUUAUAGAUGAAAGCACCACUCCUUCUCGUGAUGAUCACACGUCUCUAUCUGAGACUACAAUUAUAUCUGAUGUAGCAACAGAUCAUAAUAAAAGCAUUGACGAAAGAACGAUGUUAGAAACUGAUGUCAAGGUUGCAGAAACACUGACAACCGGAAUUCCGCAACAAUCACAACUCACACCAUUAUCAACAGAGUCAGUAUCACAAAUUCAACAUGGGCAAACUACACAGAUUCAAACAUCAGUUAAUACGCAACAACAAAUGCCAAUUAUUCCAUCUAAUGCUUCUCAUCAUGGUGUUACUGCAACAGGUAUGACUGCUAUGGGAUACGAUAACACUCAACAGCAAUUGACACCCGGUGUACCACCUAUGCUUCCUCCGUAUUCAAGUGGUCCAGGUCAUAUCUAUCCUCCUUAUCCUAUGCUUCAUCAACAAGAAACUGCAGCUUUACAGCAGCAAUUACAAGAACUGUAUUGUAUGCCCCCUGGUAUUGACCAUCAAGACAAAAUUUUGCGCCUUCAAGAAAGAUUGAAUAUGUUGCAACAACACGAAAUAAAUGAUCAGUGUGCAGGUGGACCUCAAUGUAUGCUUUAUCAAACUAUGCCAGCUGCACUAUAUGGGAAUAGCGCGUUACACAAUCAAAUGGUAGAAAGCCCUCAAGUCUCAAGCACGACAGGACGUGGCCGAGGUAAAGGCACAAAUAAACCACGAAAACCUCGAGCUAAGAAAGGUGAUAAAGGACAGCCUACAAGUGAUUUAAUGGAUAUCAGUGGUAAUGUUGUACCUACUUCAAUUCCAACUACUCAAUUACCUGUUUCCGAGGAUUGCGUGACACAAGGUGCUGGUGAUACAUCGGUGGUAGGUAUGUUGGAGUAUCAUGAAGGAAAUGGAGAUUUAUCACAAGAUGUUCAUUCAGCUAAUGAGUUAGAUACAUCCACCGAUGGUACCGGUAAGAAAAAGAAACCUCGCAAACCUCGAGCUCCAAAAGAUCCAAAUAAGCCGCCACGUGAUAGAACACCUAAAGCAAAGAAAAUUAAAGAGCCCGCUGAUCCCAACUCGACUGAAACAACACCUGUGCCGACUAAAAAGCGAAGUGCUCCAAAAAAGAAAAAGACGAUCGUUGAAGAAGAGAUUGAUAAAGGAGAUGGUAGUGAAGGAGAAGACAAUAAACCGCUUAUUUGUAAAACAGAUGUAAAAGCAACAAUAGAUAAAAGUGAUGAUCGUGAAAAUAAACCAGAAACUACAACUACCGAUGAUCUAAGUACUGAACCUAAAUCAGGAGUAGAUAUUGAAGCUCCAGAUUAUGACGAUAUACCAGUUUCAAAAAUUCCUACUUCGCGAUCUGUUGGAGAUGAUGACAAAAAUGUUGAAGCAGGUGAUGAAACAGUUGAUUCAGUUCCCGACUCUGCAGGUGAUGUGGCUGUUACACCCAGUAGAAAGAAUAAAAAACGUUCAGGAGGACGAAGUCGUGCAAGCACUGGUGGUGAAGAAGAAUCUGGUGGUAAACGUCGAAGAGCACAAUUGUCCGCAAAAGCGUUAAAAAAACGACGUAACCGUGGACGCAUAGUACCCGAAUCAGAUGGUGAAGAUGAUACUUUAGCUAGUACACCACCACCAUCUCCUCCACCAGACUCUGAAAUGGAUUCUAAUAAACGAAGAUCAUCGCGAAAUACUCAACGUAAAAAGUAUAUUGAUGAUGUUAUGCUCCGAUUUUCUGACGAUGAAGGUUCACUUAUUGGUACAUCACCUGUUAAAAAAGAGAAAAAAUCAUCGGCAUCUACAUCAUUUACAGCUACGGCUGCUGCUUCUAGUGCUGGUAGUGACGUUGAAAAAGCCGAUGGAAGUUCAGCUAAUUCUGGAGGUGAAGGUGAAAUGGUCGCAACUUGCGAUGAGAAAACAAUUGCAGAAGGUGAAGAUGGUGCUGCAACAGAGGCUAGUUCAAGUACAACUAACGACAAAGAAAAAUCGGUUUCUGAGCAAUCAGUACCAAUAUCAUCAAAACCUAAUUAUGUUUAUAUAAACACCGGAGAUGAGGACAGUAUGGUUGUUCAAUAUGUUUUGGCAGUACGCAUGGGUAAAAGAGAACUUAUACCUGAUCCUCCGCCAACUCCUAAAGACGAACUAAAAGCUGAAAGUGAGUCUGAACAAAUAAAAGAACAAGAAAAAUCCGAAAAUUCUGAAAAAACCGAAGUUACUGAAACUGAAAGUAAAGAAAAUGAGGAAGAAGCAGAUAAAGUGAAAUCUGAGACUGCAGAUACGGAUAAUAAAAUAGAAAAUGAGAAUGAAAAAAUGGAAUGUGAGGAAUCUGAGAAAGAUGCGCCUGAAAAAUUGGUGCAGGAUGAAACGGAAGAGUCUGAAGUAAAAGAAAAUGAAGAAAAAAUGGAUGUAGAUGAAUUGAAGGUUGAAUCUACUGAAACUGACCAAAAAGAUGAUAAAGAACAAAAUGAAGAAAAUUCUACUAACGAGACUGUUGUAGACACAAAAGAUGUGAAAAAGAUCGAUGUCGAUGAAAAUAUUCCUAAUAAUGAAUCAGAUGACAAUGAUAACGAUAAUAAAACUAAGACAUCAAAUGAUGAUACAAAUGCAGAAGAAUCAAGUAAAGAAGCUGAAAAAGACAAAGAUGACGUUAAUGAAAAUGAUAUUAAAACAGAAAAAGAUAAAGAAAUAGAAUCGACUAACAAAACAGAAAAAGAAGAGGCUAAUUCAAGUAAUUCUAAACCAGAACCUAUAUUCAUUGAUGUUGAGGAGUACUUCGUUAAAUAUCGUAAUUUUUCUUACCUGCAUUGUGAGUGGCGAACAGAGGAAGAAUUGUUUAAAGGAGAUCGACGUGUAGCCGCCAAAAUUAGACGUUUCCAACAAAAGCAAGCUCAGCAGAUGAAUAUAUUUGAUAAUAUAGAAGAAGAGCCUUUUAAUCCAGAUUUUGUUGAAGUUGAUCGUGUGCUUGAUAUGUCAGUGCACACUGAUGAAACAACUGGUGAGACCACCAAACAUUAUUUAGUAAAGUGGAAAUCAUUACCGUACGAAGACUGCACUUGGGAAUUAGAAGAAGAUGUUGAUGAUGACAAAAUUGAACAGUACAUGCGCUUUAACAAAAUACCACCGCGUGGUGAGUGGAAAAAUAAAAAGCGACCACAUCCAGAUCAAUGGAAAAAGCUUGAAAAGACACUUAUAUAUAAGGCUGGCAAUUCUUUACGUCCAUACCAAUUGGAGGGCUUGAACUGGCUUAAGUUCUCCUGGUUUAACUCGCAUAAUUGUAUACUAGCAGAUGAAAUGGGUUUAGGUAAAACUAUACAAAGUUUGACAUUUGUGCAUUCUGUUUACGAGUACGGUAUACGAGGUCCCUUUCUGGUAAUAGCGCCACUCUCUACAAUACCAAACUGGCAACGUGAAUUCGAAAGCUGGACAGAUAUGAAUGUUGUUGUAUAUCAUGGCUCUGUUACUAGUAAACAAAUGAUACAAGAUUAUGAAUUCUACUUUAAAACAGAGACUGGUAAAGUUCUUAAAGAGCCAGUUAAAUUUAAUGUGCUUAUCACAACUUUUGAAAUGAUUGUAACAGAUCAUAUGGAUCUAAAACCUUUUAGUUGGCGUUUGUGCGUAAUCGAUGAAGCUCAUCGUUUAAAAAAUCGUAACUGUAAAUUAUUAGAAGGAUUAAGACAACUUAAUUUAGAACAUCGUGUAUUGUUAUCUGGUACACCAUUGCAAAAUAAUAUAAGUGAACUUUUUUCUUUGUUGAAUUUCCUGGAACCAAGUCAGUUUUCGUCAGCUGAAGAGUUUAUGUCUGAAUUUGGUAGUCUACGAACAGAAGAAGAAGUAAAUAAACUACAAGUUUUACUUAAACCAAUGAUGUUGCGCCGUCUCAAAGACGAUGUAGAGAAAUCUUUGGCGCCAAAGGAAGAAACCAUUAUCGAAGUUGAACUUACAAAUAUACAAAAGAAAUAUUAUCGCGGUAUAUUGGAACAAAACUUUUCAUUCUUAAAGAAAGGAACAACUUCUGCAAAUAUACCAAAUUUAAUGAAUACUAUGAUGGAAUUACGUAAAUGUUGUAUUCAUCCCUAUUUACUUAAUGGUGCAGAAGAACAGAUACAAUACGAUUAUCGUAAUCAACAUGGUGAAGAUCCAGAGUCCUAUUAUAAAAAUCUAAUACAAUCUGCUGGUAAAAUGGUGCUUAUCGAUAAGUUACUGCCCAAAUUAAAGGCCAAUGGCCAUCGUGUUUUAAUUUUUAGUCAAAUGGUACGUUGUCUAGAUAUACUCGAAGAUUAUCUUGUAUAUCGCAAAUAUCCUUUCGAACGUAUUGACGGUCGUAUACGUGGUAAUUUACGUCAAGAAGCUAUAGAUCGAUACUCCAAGCCCGGAUCAGAUCGUUUUGUUUUUCUACUAUGCACUAAAGCUGGUGGUUUGGGUAUUAAUUUAACUGCUGCCGAUACAGUAAUUAUUUACGAUUCUGAUUGGAAUCCACAAAAUGAUUUGCAAGCACAAGCACGUUGUCAUCGUAUUGGGCAACGUAAAAUGGUUAAAAUAUAUAGAUUGUUAUGUCGAAAUACAUAUGAACGUGAAAUGUUUGAUAAGGCAUCAUUAAAACUCGGUUUAGAUAAGGCUGUUUUACAAUCUAUGAAUACACAAGCCUCUAAGGAUGGCAGUAAUCGUCAGUUGUCUAAAAAAGAAAUUGAAGAUCUGUUAAAGAAAGGUGCCUAUGGUGCCGUGAUGGACGACGAUAAUGCAGGGGAUAAAUUUUGUGAAGAGGAUAUUGAUUCGAUCUUAAAACGGCGUACACAAAUAAUAACAAUGGAAUCUGAAAAAGGCUCCACAUUUUCAAAAGCUUCAUUUGCGGCAUCAGGAAAUCGUUCCGACAUUACAAUUGAUGAUCCAGAUUUCUGGACAAAAUGGGCAAAGAGAGCUGACAUUGAUCCAGAUGCAUGUGAAAGAGAUGAAACUGAAGAUCUAGUACUUUCAGAACCUAGAAGACGUACACAAAUUAAACGUUAUGGUCAUGAAGAUGUUAUGGAAAUAAAUUCUGAGGAUUCGUCAAAUGAAAAUAGCGAUGAAGAGGGUGGUAUAGGACUCCGUUCACGUAGACGAAAAGAGAAACGUGAUCGUGGUCGGGAGAAGAAAUCUAAUGACGAUUACGUACCACGUGAACGUGAUGCAUUAGCUGCAUUAGGCUUGGAGGAAAUACAAUAUGGUAAUUGGGCAAAAUCUGAAUGCUUUAAAGUCGAAAAAGGUUUGCUCUCAUUUGGUUGGGGACGUUGGCCUGAGAUUCUUGAGCUGGGGCAAUUUAAACGUGGUUGGCGUGAUAUUGAUAUUGAAGAUUGUGCCCGUAUAAUACUACUCUAUUGUUUACAAGUUUAUAAAGGCGAUGAAAAGAUUAAAAACUUCAUUUGGGAUUUAAUUACGCCAACCGAAGAUGGUGAAAUACAGAAAAUUAGCAGGGAUCAUAGUGGCCUACAUAAUUUGGUGCCACGAGGUAGGAAUGCAAAAGGUCGCAAUGGUGGUAAAGCGCAAAAAGAAAGCACUACUUCUUCGAAUUCUUCAAAAGUCGAUUGUGAAAAGGAUUCUCCAAGCCAAAAUAUACUUGAUCCAAGUCAUUGGAGUAAACAAGAGAAAUUCGAUGCGGAUGCAUAUUUGGAAGGCGCCUAUAAAAAACAUUUAAGCAGACACGCGAAUAAAGUUUUGUUACGAGUACGUAUGCUUUACUAUAUACAACAUGAAGUUAUUGGCGAUUUAGUGCAGCAAAUAAAGGAUAAUACACCCGUCAGCUCCUCAACGUAUUCAACGUUUUGCGAUUAUAAAUUCCAAACGAAGAAAAGCGAGCUCCCCAUUCGCCCACCAGCAACACCAGAUCAAGUGCCAUCAUCAUGGUGGAACCCAAUUUGUUGUGAUAAGAGUCUUUUGGUUGGAACAUAUAAGCAUGGAUGUGAAAUGUAUCGCCAGAUACGCGCUGACCCGACAUUGUGCUUUGUCGGUCACGUUGGUGCCGGCGAUGAUUUAGCAGUAACGAAUUUGCCGAUAAAUGAAGAUGAUGCGAAUUCGAAACACGAAGAUGGUGAUGAAGUCGAUGAUGAUGGCACAGCUACCAAAGACUCUGAUUCUACUAAGUUAACUGCUGGUGAUAAUAAAGAUUCACUUGAUCCGGAUCGUCCUAGUUCGUCUGGUAAGACUAAAAAAUUGGCGAAAAGCUCAGCCGCUGACGAUGGUGGUUCUGUUGCCCCGAUCACUGCUAUCGAUGGCACCAUAACAGCCGGUGAAGAAAAGUCAAUUAGUGCUGAUGUUGAUGCUAAAGUUGAUGAACAACAAAACGAUACUAAUAAUAAAGAUGCUCCAAUAAUUAUCAACGAUGAAAAUGAACCCAAAACAGCGGCAGCUAUUACCGCCGAUGACAGUAGUAUAAAAGAUGCUGCUGUUGUUGGUGCAGAUGCUGCAGAUAACGAUUCGAAUACAGCAAAUGUAACAGCAACAUCAACAGAUACAACUUUAUCGGCUGAUGUGGCUGCUGCUAUAGCGGAUUCAAAUUCAACUGAUGCAACAGCAAUAACACCAGCUAUAACAACAGCACCAACCACACCGGCAGGUGCUGUCGAUGGCAUAUCAAAUUCGGGCUCAACCACCAACAUAAGCACUACUUCUGCUACUACUUCCUCCACUACUACCCCCAAUGAGCAAACGCAAAACGAAACUCUUAACUCCAACUCAUGUUUAGGCUUGGACGAAGAAGAAAGUGGUACUGGCAGCUAUCCACCAACUAAUAUGCCAAUCGAUGACGCCACAUUAUGGCCAUCUAUGCAAGAUUUGAAUACACGUUUACGGCGUGUGAUAACAGCCUAUCAACGUAAUUAUAAAAAAGAAGAAUUAAAACAACAACAAAAGGCCAAGUUACAAGCAUUGGUCUCUUCAACGCCUCCAUUAUCGGUGCCAACAACUCCAACUCUACAAUCGAUGCAAAUGCAAAUGCAAAAUGCUGCUGCUACUGCUGCUGGCUCACAAUUGCAUCAACAACCAGUUGAUCCUGGCAGUCGCAGCCUACAAUCAUUGAUACAGGGUACCAGUACAAUUGUUGGCAGUAAUCAGCAAUUAUCAACUGUCGCUAGUACAUCCGCAGCUGCGGCUGCACAAAAUUCUGGUCAAGUGAUGAACACAACACAAUUACAAAUGCAAAAUCAGCAUUUGGUACAACAACAGCAACAACAACAAACACAACAACAACUACAACAACAGCUGCAACAGCAACAACAAACGACACAACAACAACAAGUACAACAACAGCAACAGCAACAACAAGUACAACAAGCCCAACAGGUGCAACAACAGCAACAGGCAGCUGCAGCAGCAGCAGCGGCAGCAGCAGCACAAAUGCCAACUGCAGCCGAUAUAGGACUAAUGUUGAGCUUCUUAAAUACGACCGAUGUCAACCAAUUAGCGAACUUGGAUCUUAACAAGCUGGCCAUGUAUUUGGUUAGUAUGAACAAUAAGAUGGAGCGGCAAGGAAAAAUGGAGUUGGCCGCUAAGGAACGUGAAAGUCAACGACUACAAAGUAUUCCGAAAAAAUGGAAUCGGCGCGAAGAAUAUGAAUUUUUGCGUGUAUUAACUGGUUAUGGCGUUGAUCUGCAGCCACCUACAUCGAUGGGUACAUCCCUAGCACCAGAUUGGAUAAAAUUCAAACAAAUGGCGCAUUUAGAACGCAAGAGCGACGAAACUCUUAGCGAUUACUAUAAAGUAUUCAUAGCAAUGUGUAAGCGACAGGCUGGUGUCAAAUUGCAUGACAGUGAACGUGGCCUUGAAGGAAUUAUUGAAGAUAUUACAGAAGAUCAUGCUAAGUUAAUAUUAGAUCGCCUGGAACUUUUGUCGAAAUUACGUGAAGUUGCACGACACCCGCAAUUGGAAGAACGUCUAAAAUUGUGCAUUAUGAAUGCUGAUACACCUGAUUGGUGGGAGGCUGGACGACAUGAUAAAGAGCUUAUUGCUGCCGUACUGAAACAUGGCUUGUAUCGUUCAGAGACUUUUAUAUUUAACGAUCCAAAUUUCAGUUUUGCAGAGUCUGAGAAACGUUUUAUACGAGAAUUGGAAGCGCAAAUACAGCGUACAAUAAAACUUGAAGCAUUUACAGCUGAAAAUGCUCAAGCCCUAGCUGCGUCUACCACUGUAAAUGCUGCACCUGUGAAAAAUGAAGUUAUUGAUUUAGAUGAUGAACUGUUGACCAAAGACAGUCUUAUUAAAAAAGAACAAUUCUCACCAGUCAAAAAUGAACCAAAAGCUGAACAAACUACAGAUGCAACAAUAAAAGAUACUAGUUCCGAAAUUGUUGAUGAUGCACCUAUAGUUGAAAAGAAUAAGUCUGAUCUUGCUGAAAAAGAAAGCAUAGAUGAUGCCGUAAUAAUUACGAAAGUUGCUGAAGAUACAACCGUUGAACAGUCCAAAGAUGUCUCAGUAACUACGAAAAAAACGUCAACUGAAAGUACAGAGGAAACAAUAACAGAAACUACUCCUACCAAGUCAGGAGUAGAGGAUAAAGCAAACGAAGAUACAAUCGAUAAAGUAACUGAGAAACCAGAAUUAACUGCUACACAAAUUGAAAAAAUGGAUACAGAAGAAGCACCAGCUGCCAGUAGUGAAAAAAUAGACAAAAAUGUUGCUGCAACUGCAGUAAAUGAUGUUGAAAUGAAAGACACCACAAACACAGAAACUGAAAAGGUUGCUGGAACUGAAUCUGAAGAAAUUAAAAACCAAAUAGACUCUGAUAAGGCUGAAUUAUCUACUGAAAAACCUACCGUAGAUUCUGUGGAAGACACAAAAUUAGUAGAAGAAAAAUCUGCUGCGAGUGAAUCGACGUUGAUUGAUAAGAAAUCAGACAAAACAGUUGAUGAUGCAAAUGAAACACAAACUUCUACAGACAAAUCUGCAGAAGUGCAAAUCAAGGACGCAUCAACACCACCAAAACGUGAUGAAAGUACAACUAAAGAAAUAGAAAUUAAGAAAGAAAAUAUAGCCAUUUUAGAAAAUAGAUCAAAACCCGAAGAAGUUGUGGACGUCGCUGCAGUUACCAAGGCGGUUGAAGAAGAAUGCAAGAAGCAAGCUGCUGAGCUUAAAGCGCGUUUUCCUGAUUUAGAAGUUAUACAACCUGCAGCUGUCAAACAAAAAUACGAAAAACCAAAAUUGGAAAUGUGUAUGAUACGUUGGUUUAAGGAUUUUGCACUUGAACGUCGCAUUGCACACAUUGUCACUUGCGUUGAAACCAACAAAUGGCCAGUAGAUAAAACCUAUUCAGCAUUCUCGGGUUGUAAAGGAAUAGAUUUAAAUAUUGGAUUGCAUGAAGCUAUACCACAUUUAAAUACAAUCGAACGCCGUUCAACAACCCCCGAUGUCAUAACAAUAACGACAGAUCAAGGUUUAACUAAACAUUUGCAAGCAUCUCAAAUGCAACAAGUUGCAGGUGCCGCAACUGCUGCAAAUAGCACCAAAACAUCUGUUUCUAAUUUAGAUGCCAGUAUCAAUGCAGCUGUGGCUGCAGCAGUAGCCGCAGCCUCUGGCGGUAGUUCCAAUUCCUUGUCAAGUCUGUUACCUGGUAUGUCAAUGACAUCAACAACACCAGGUUUACCUGGCAGUUCAUCUGCUAAUACUAGCACCGCUAAUGUAACAGGAAAUACCAGUAAGAAACGAAAAAGACAUAUUGCUAUUGACGUUGAAACAGAACGCGCAAAACUGCACGCACUUCUUAAUAGUUCGCAAGGAAUGGGAAGUAAAGACUGGGAAACAGAAAUAGCUAAUAUGGAAGCAAUGUCAGCGGCAGCUGUAGCAGCCGCCGCAGCUAGUACAACAAACUCAGGACGACGUAGCACUUCUGCUUCGUCACCCGCUGCUUCUUCCAGUUUAAGUGUAUUACAACCACCACCAGCUCAUCAACAUGCCUCAUUAUCACGUCAAUCCUCCGGACAAUUCAAUAAACCCGCUGUACCACCACUAAAGACACCGCCACCGUCAAUUAGUGCUCCAAUGGACUUGUCAUCAAGUUUACCAAAAAUGAAUAUGGCUGAUAUGCUCAAAUCGGCUUCUAGUGCCGGUGCUAUCGAUUUAAGUGAGGUACAAGACUUCUCGAUGAGUAAAAAAUCUUCAACAUCGAGUAUACAUGCAGCUCUAAGUUCAGCCUUCCCCUCCAUGAGUGCGGCAGCUUGUAACAAGAGCAAGCUUGACGACACAUUAAGCAAAUUAAUGAAGAAAAAUAAUUGCACUAUUGAAGAACCUGUCGUAGGCAAGGAAAAGAAACGAAAGAAACUUGAUGAAAUCGUUUUGGGUCUAUCUGCAGCUAAAGAACAAAAAACGUUCCCUGAUCCAUCAUUACCGUCUUCAAAGAAACCACAAAUACCUCCAAGCGUUUCAGUUACACCAGCUAUUCCGUCUACAUCAAUAUCAAAUCAAAAUCAACAAAACCAAAAACCAUUUACAAUCACUGUUACGACAGUGCCCGGAAAAUCCAAAAAUAGUGCAUCAAUGCCAUCUUCGUCAUCAGCGUCCUCAACAUCUAAUAGUGGCAUAUCUGCAUUACAAAAUAUGGCCAUGGGUGGUCUCUCGUCGAAAGAUAGUCUUAACGCUUUGUUAGCACAAACGAUGGCCACUGAUCCACAAACAUUCCUGAAGCAACAGCAAAAAUUGAUGCAAUGCUUACCUCCAGCACAGCGCAAGGCAUACGAGAGUAUGUUAGCUGAAAUGGAACAGGCUAUGAAGAUGAGCACAAAAUAUAAUUCUCAUGAUGUCAAAGUUAAUAAAUGGCUGUCGGAUAUGAGUUCUCCUUUAAAUGAACAACUUAGCAUGGAUUAUGGUGCUGCCAAUAGCAGUAGUAGUUCCAGCCGUCGUUCUAAUCGUCAACAAAGUAGCAGCUCGUCUUCACAACAGCCAACUACAUCACAAAUGUCAAAAGUAUCUUCACAAUCUGGUCAAUUACACAGCCAACAUCAGCAACAACAACAAUCAAUGGCUGGCCCACAAGGCCUUACAGGCGAAGAACCAGUGCCGGUAAUAAAUAAACAAACAGGAAAGCGACUCACUGGCAACAAAGCACCACAAUUAAAGCGUUUAAUGCCAUGGUUAACUGAUAAUCCCACCUAUGAAGUUGAUCCCAAAUGGUUAGAACAAAUGCAAAAUCCAAUGUCUGCUCCAUCUCCUAAAGCGAGUGCAAUGGAUAGCAGCUAUACAACAUCCAGUAAAUCACAUGGCGGUCGACCUUCUUCCACUUCGAGCAAUACUUCCUCAAGUAGCCAUUCGCAACAACAACAGAACUCUUCGCAGUCAUCUUCAUCGUCUAACUCAUCAAAGAAAUCUUCUCGUCAAUCCGCUAUAGAUCAAGCAAACUCUGCUAUGCAGUUUGGCUCGCUAGCUGGACUUAAUCCAAAUCUUUUGGCAAGUUUACCAGGAUUGGGCGCAUUUGAUCCUAAAAAUCCUCUCGCUGCAUUUGAUCCGAAAAAUCCAUUAUUGUCAAUGCCAUUUGCUGGUAUGCCUGGCAUGGGAAAUAUACCAGGUCUAGGAAAUCUCAAUAAUAUGAAUCUGUUCGCUAGUUUGGCUGGUAUGGGUGGACUAGGAAAUUUAGCUAGCAUGGAUGCUCAAUCAUUAGCGGCAUUAAUGGCUGCAGCUGGUCCUGCAUUAAGUGGCUUAGGCGGUACUACUGGUGCUGGUGGCAGCAGCAGUGGUAGCAAAGCUACUGCACAAUCUAGUAGUUCCUCAAGCAAGAAAAAUAAAAGUGAUGUAUCGCAGCAAAGUGCAACAAAUUCUGCAAUGGGCAAUAAUGUUAGUGGUUCGAAUAAUAGUGCCAGUGGUUCAGGCAGUUCUAGUAAAAAUGCGGCUGCAGCAUCAGCAUCACAAUUGGCUGCUGGUUUUCCUUUCUUGUUUCCCAAUCCAUCACUUUUAUAUCCACCAAUGGGUUUAGGUGGCUUAAAUCCAUAUUCACUUGGGUCAAGUGGUCUUGGAUCAGCUUACGAUCAAUUAGCGCAACAAUAUCUAUUAAAUGGUGGUGCAACUUCGUCGACAGGUACAUCAUCUACUACACAAUCUAAGUCACAUCAGUCGCAAUCAAAGUCAAGCAAUUCUCGUUCAUCCUCUGCGACAUCAUCUGCCGCAGCAAAUUUGAUGAAUGCAAUGGCUAGUAUGAGUAAUGUGCAAAAUACACAACCAUCAGCAUCUACUUCACAAUCAAGUUCUCGUGGCAGUCGACAAUCAGCUGCAAGUCGAGCUGCUGCACAGGCUUCUGCUGAAAUGGCACAACUAUCAAAUCUACUAAUGACUGGUCCUGAUCAACUUUUGGUAGAAUCACUUGUACGUAUGGGUGGCAUGGAUUUAGCACAAGCUACUCGUCUAAUCAACUCAAUGGGUCCUACCCCAGUAUCAAGUGCGUCAACUUCAUCCAGCGCUAAUGACAAACGUUCUUCAAGUAAUUCAAUUGCAUCAGCAGCCGCUGCAGCAGCAGCGGCCCAAGCUGCUCAAGAAAAACAAGCCGCUAAAGAGCAACAAAAAUGGAUGGAGACCUUAGCACGUGGCGCCCUACCAUCAGAUUUAGCUACAUUACAAGCAUUAUCACAAGGUAAACUACCAUCAUCAUUAACGGGCGGUGCCAGUAGUAGUCAAUCUGCAUCAACAUCAUCUUCAUCAAGUAAAAAUGCAGCUAAAGCAGCCGCAGCUGCUGCAGUUGCACAACUACCGCAAAUACCUGGUAUGCCCGGUGAUAUAAGUCAAGCUUUCCUGGCUGAAAUGGCAGCUCAAGCGGUUGCUGCAGCUGCUGCUGGCGGAACAUUGCCAUUAACUGGUCCGGUUUCAAUAGCCAGUCUGACAAAUAGUUUAGCCGGACUAACUGCACCACUUUCCAGCACUUCGGUUGCUUCGAGUAGUGGUAGUAGUUCAAGCGCUUCUAAACGACAACGAGAACAAGACGCUGCAGCUAAAGACGCUUUUAAGCAACAAAUGGAUUAUUAUACAAAAACGCUUGGUUUAGGUUCAGGUAUAUCGCUUAUACCAACAUCGUCCGCUAGCAGUUCAAUUUCAACAGCACUAGAUGAUCAUCACAAAUCAAAACGUUCACGUGCCGAUUCUCAUUCAUCGCAAGCUAGUGCAAAAGAUGAAUUAGCCGCCGCUGCAUUAGUAGCUGGAUUACCACUUAAUUUAGGUGGUGGUAUGACAAGCAUAGAAAAAAGCUUACGUAGUGGAAGCGCUACAGGUUUAAGUGAAGCCGAUAAAGUAACACUUACACCACUUAACUCUGCUGGUAUAACUGCAAAUUUACCAUCACAAACAACGAUAACAAUUGCACCACCAAUUAGUUCUGGUGCUAGCUCCAGCAGUGAACGUUCCGAACGUAGCGAAUCACGUAUUUCAUUAACUAUAACAAAUGCUGCUGAUGUAGCAAAACUGCCACCACCUUAUGAAGAAGCAGACGAGUUAAUCAUACAACCAAUAUUGAAGAAACCACAACAAACACCACCUGCUAAUAAUACUGCCGGUAGUAGCCACGGCGGUAGUGUGGAAGAUUUAGAAGCUGCUGCUAAUGCCGCUAAUAGCGCUGCAGCUGCUGCUGCGGCUGUUGUUAGCAACGCGACGUCAAGCCCUGCUGCCGUUGCUGCGGCAGUGGCUGCAGCUGCUGCUGCGGAAGAAAAUCGUCGCUCUUCCAGCCGACUUAAACGUCCUCGCUCGGGUGCAGAACAUGCGAUAAGUGAACAACCUCCAGAAAAACGAAGAGAACUACGCUCCACACGACACACACGGCAAUCCGGUGGCAAUUCAGAUGUAACACUCAAUUUGUCAACGAGUAGUGAAGCGGAAGAUAAAAAUGAAUGAGUACUGCGGAGAACUACGCGUACACUAAGUAAAUAAAACUAGCUUAUACAUUAAUUUAUACGAAUCUAUGCAUUUUUCAAUAGUUUAUAAUAAAAAUUGAGUGAAUGCAUGUAAGGGGAAUUAUUAAAUAGCCAAACGAGAAUAUAUAAAAAUUAACAUAACAGUUAACUUAACUGAAAAACUAAGUAGACAAGUAUAAACUACUUUGAUAUAAGAACAUUGUAAAAAGAUACAGUUUAUAUAGAAUUAAAUGUAAACGUAGAUUAGGUUUAACAUAUUUAAAAUAUAGGAAAUACAUACUUAGAAAUAAUUGAAUAAUGCGUAAUAAUAUAAGUAAAAUCAAAGUCUGCAUUAAUGCCACAUGGCAUGUGACAAAUUGAAAUCCAAAAUCCAUUGUGAAAUUGAAAUUUUUUUUUGCAAAAUUAUUGCAAAUUUGCAUAAAUGCAUAAAGAGCAUGUUGAGAAUGGUAGUUGAAGUAUUGUAAAUUUUUUAACUACAUAAAAAAUAUGUAUAUAUAUAUAGAGAACCACUAGGACUAUAUAGAAUGCUAAGUUCAUUGCUGCUGCUGCAAGCUGAAAACUUCUAAAAAGUCUGAUUAGAGAAAAUGCUCCCAUUUUAUAGUUGCAUACAAUAUUUUGCUGCAGUUGUUGCAACUUUCAUAUAUUUGGGGGUUAUAUUUUGAAAAAAUUAUUAAAAAGUAAGAGAAUGAUAAAAUGCAAAUUAUUUAACGUCUGCUGCAAAAUAAAUAAUUAUUUCAAUUUGGAGAAACGCUACGAUAUCAAAAUAAACAAAUGCACAAACCUUUUCGCCAUAUACCUGAGUGGUAUGCUGCUGCUACUCAUCAAUGGCUCCAUUUUAAAGUAAGACGAGGCAAAUCUUUCUUGCUAAUUUAUUGCAUGUCUCAUACUAUAAAUGCUUAACUCUAAAUUAUUCAUUUAUAUGGAUAUUUAUGUGUAUAUAAAUUUUGUGGCAACGUCUUGUAUUGAUUUUCUGCAUUCAACUAAAAAUAAAAAGUAAAGAAAACAAAUAAUUACAUUAAUCAAUUAAUUUAAAUAUUAAAUUACCAUGAUUUAGUGUUAUCGGAACUGCUCUU